AAAGUAUAGUGUAGUGUAUCCGGUGUGAAUCUCCACCGUUCUAGACGCUUCUGGACCCUUCUGAAUUCUCUCGCAUUUUAAUCGAAUCCCGCGAUACCAAGUUACCAACAUCCAUUUCGAAUCUUCUCAGCUCGCACCGCCAUCUCCUCCGAUCGGCCUCCCUCACUCACUCCCGCACAAGGAUAUACAGAACCAACAAGUUGUUACCAAACAUGUUCGGCGUCGUUUUUCCGAAUCGUAGUUUCCCUAUGGACAUCUCUACCUUCUCCCAAAUCGACACCUUCCACUGGGUCCUCGACAUGAACACCUUUGUUGGUGAGGCGUACGAUCAGGUUCGUGAAAUGUGCAUUUUCCUCCUCAAUAGUUUCACUCUCCCACCGGACAAAGCCUUGGCCGUUUACAUCCAAUCCCCCGGCUCUCCCUUCCUCUUCUGUGGCGCGGUCACUCUCGGUCGCCCCUCGGCCGUGCUCUCGCUUCCGUGGCCCGAGCCGGGCGGGCAGAUGCAGCUCACAGCUGACGCCGCUCCGCUAUCGGCCAAGAUCGGGGUCUCCGUGGAGGAUUUGGCCACGCUUCCCUCCCUCGAUGUGGUUGCCGAGAAGAAGAUUGAACGGCUCGCCUUGAAGGUCGGGGAGAAUCUGUUCAAUUUCAUGCAGUCAUUUUGCGGCGUUGACGGGAGCAAACUGGUGGUGCCUAUGGAUAUUUUGGAUCGGUGGUUUAAGAAGUUCCAGGAGAGGGCGAAGCGGGACCCGGAGUAUUUGAAAGGCUUCGUUUUGUGAUCAUUCUGUUUAUGGAUGCAGGUAUUUGUAAUUUAUGUAGCGUAUGUUGCAAAAGCUGUUCCUCUGUGUUUCUUUUCUGGGUGAGGAAGAAAAUUGCAAAAUGCCCUUUGUAGGUAAUUAUUUGUUUUCUUCAAUAUGUAUGUUGAUGCGUUUUCACUU